UCUGACGUCAAGGAAACGUCAAGAGUUUUAUGAAAAUAAAAAUUCUAUAAUUUUAAUUUUCACUAGAGUAAAUAAGUAUUAAAGAAACAAAAAUGGGGCUAAGCAACGAUUCCAAUUCGCUCAGCGGCUUUGCCGUCGAAGUGUUAGAAAACGAUGAGUUGGUAAGACUAGUGGAAACUCUUCGAAAGGAGAUACGAAUACUAAAACUGGAAAAUGAAGUACUUGAAAAGAGUAUUAUAAGACUAGACCCAGCCUUAAUGAACGGUGUGUACCAGGCCUUAGACUUUGCAACAAAAUGGCAACAGCACGGUGGAGAUUUUACCACAAAUUCUUUAGGCAGUUUCGUUAAAACCCCUACGCAGUCAAAGUUCGGCCUCAUCGAGUCCAUGCUAUCAGGCCCUUCUAGAAUGUUCGCCAGCCAAUCCAGACUGUUCCGUAGAGUCGACUCGUCUGGAAAGAUCUGUGGCUCCGUCAUGAGCGGUGGCGGACCUCGCAUCAACAUCAACGAAAGACUCGAACUGUUAGCUAUUACCAUAGAAUGUACGAAAAAUGAUUUAGAGAAAUGUAAGCGGAACGCUGCGAGAAAACAUGCUUAUUUGAAAGCUCAGUUGGAAGAAACACAACUUAGAACAGUUGAUAUAGAAGCAUCUACCGUAGACUUUAAUAAAGUAGUUGUAAAAGACAGUUGGGACCCGAUCACGCUGCGGAUCCCGGCUGAAGCUUGGCUCAAGUUCAUGGCAGAUUGGCAGAAGGCAACUGACAAACAGAUCGGGAGACUACGCUUGAGAACAAGCACACUAAAUAUACAAUACAGAAAGUACAAAGAGGAAGCCGAAACCAAGAGAGAUUUGAGCCAAAAUCUAACUCCUGUAGACUUUGACAAGAUAAAAAUAGAGAACGAAGAAUGCAUGAAAAUACUAGAAAACAAAAACUUGCAACUGGACGAGUUGAAAACAAUGACAGGGGAUGCGAAUUUGAACUUGACAAUACAUAAGAAGAUAAUGCAAUUUAUGAAUACUUAUUUAGGCAAAGUGGAGAAACUUAAGGCUCGGAGGGAACAGCAAACAGUGCAGUUGGAAAAGGAGACAAAUUUGAUACAGAUACAAGCGAAGAUUUUGAAGCAGAAACUGAAAGAGAUAAGGAAAAUGAGAAUGGCGUACCAUAUUCCUAAUACGAGUGACUAUGUCGACGUGAAAGAGAAGACAGCCGAGCUGAACUAUGCUAUCAAAAGGUUGGAGACAAAACUUCAUAUUAAGAAGACUGCAGCCCAUGCAGCUAGCCAGCAGUUGAGGGUAUUAUACAGUAAGAAAAGUUUUGAUAGUUCAAUAGAGGAAAAUUUAACUGAUGAGAAAGAUGGUAAAUCAUCGAAAACAGCGAAAUUUGAUGAAAGUUCAGAACUGUAGAGUAUUCUCCUUUCGCACAAAUAUCAUCAUCACGCUGAUUGACGCUGUUUCACGCUGUUCCCAAUUUUAUUUGGGGUCGGCGCAAUAUGUGAUCCUCUUCCAUUUCGCAAUGUCACUCGUCAUACUGACACUCACUCCCUUCCUAGUCAUGUCAUCUUUCAGGCAAUCCAUCCGUCUUUUCUUAGGUCUUCCUCUUCCUCUCCAUCCAUCCACAUUCAUACUUAGCACUACUUUUUUCUUUUGUAAAUAUUUAUUAUGUAUUUACUGAUUGAAAAUAAUCAUGUGGGUAUUUACAAGUUAAAAGAUAUUUUUGUGUCAUAAACCGACUUAAAAGUAGGUAGUCGCUGUAGCUCAGUUGGUCAUGUUUGUAUUUUUAUGUGCGAUUAUUUCAUGUUUGCCUGAAUCUAUUUUGAUGCCGUUUUCAGCAUAUAAUUUGUCAGAGUUAGGAAAAGGUUUUAGGUUUUUCUUGAAGUCGGUUGGCUUUUUUCGUUAAAAGGUUUUUAUUCUUUUUUGCUUGAGACUUGAUCGUCUACAAUUUUAUUAUGGUUGCAAUACUAUUUUCCUCUACCUACAAACUUUAUGUGAAUUUUAUGUUAGCGACUUUAGUCUUUAUUUUAUUUUUACGUGUUCUGUUUUAGUUCAAUAAUUAUUAUUAAUUAUGUUAGUCUAAUUGGAAGUGCAAUUAGUUUAUUGUUUCAACAAGUAUUUUAUAAGGGUGUUUUAUCCUUAAGUUUGUGUUAUUUAUCUUAAUUUAUGUUUAACUGUUUAAUUAAUGAGAAA